ACUGCAUUUAUUUCAAUGCAGGAGGUUUAACAGGUCAGGCAGACAAACUCAGAGCAUGGAUUGGCUCUGAGGACUGGGAUGUUACAGCCAUAACAAUCAUGGCUGAGAGAAGGAUAGAACUGGCAGCUCAAUAAUCCAGGAUACAGAUGCUACAGGUGUGACAGAGGUACCGUGCGUGCUUUACAACUGUGAUGGACCAUUACUUAACCUAAAGAGCAAGGAUAAAUCAUGCAGUAACUUUCCAUAUUUUAUUCCUAAUUUUGUCAUGAGGAGAGAGAGAGAGGAAGGUCUGGUAGACUAAACUGCACUUCCUUUAAUGCAAGGAGCCUAAGAGGUGGUCCAGAGCAGAGUGAAGAGCCAGAGAAAUCCCAUCUGCUGUUGACUUGUUAUGGUGGUGGACAAAUUGGAGCAGAUCCAGGUCAUCUCUGAGACAGGAAUUGAUUUGCGCCAUAACCAACCUCUCAAAGCACUUCAUUAUGGUUGAUGUAAGCACUACCGGACGCUAGUCAUGGAGGCACGUCACCACCAUCUUCUUGGACACCGGAACAACAGAUGCCUUUUUGAAGCAGAACUGCAACAGUUUAAUAUAAUGCAGACCUGUCAGGAGAAUGUAAAUGAUUGUAUUGAAACAAGGACUGUGGAUAAUCAGCAAACCAAACAGGGUUUGACAUGCCAUCUUCUGACUGCAUCACUGAUUGGAGCUUUUGGUUCAUCAUUUUUAUACGGUUAUAAUUUGUCAGUAGUAAAUGCACCAUCAGUGUAUAUUAAAAACUUUUGCAAUGAAUCGUGGAUAAGGCACUUUGGAACAGCAAUAGAAGUUAAAUCGUUAACUCUUCUUUGGUCAGUAAUCGUCUCCAUCUGCGCCAUUGGUGGUCUGUUUGGUGCAUGUAUUGUAACUCCUUUAUUGAAAUAUUUGGGCAGGAAAGGGACUCUACUCCUAAAUAAUGGGUUUGCAAUCAUUGCUGCUUUAUUGAUGUCCUUAAGUGAAACUGCUGACUCCUUUGAGAUGUUGAUUGUGGGUCGUUUUGUCAUUGGAGUGAAUGGAGGAAUUUCUCUCAGUGCCCUUCCAAUGUACUUGGGUGAAAUUUCACAGAAACAGAUCCGUGGCUCCUUGGGGCAGAUCAUGGCCAUUUUCAUCUGUGUUGGUGUCUUCACUGGCCAGGUCUUGGGAUUGCCGGAGAUUCUUGGCAAGGAGUCCAGUUGGCCUUUAAUGUUUGGGCUAAAUGCAGUUCCAGCCCUGGUACAACUUGCUGUUCUACCAUUCCUUCCUGAAAGUCCUCGGUACUUGCUGUUUGAAAAGAAUGACGUUUCUAAAGCCAGAAAAGCAUUUCAAGUCUUUCAUGGGAAAGAAGAUGUCACUGAGGAACUGGAGGAAGUCCUGGCAGAGAAAAAAGUCCAGAGCCAAAUCCAGUUGGUUUCAGUCUUGGAGUUACUUCAAAAGAAGUCUGCACGAUGGCAAGUCAUCACAGUUGUUGUCAUCAUGGCCUGCUACCAACUUUGUGGGUUGAAUGCUAUUUGGUUUUACACAAACAGCAUCUUUAAAGAGGCAGGCAUAAGCAAGGAUCGCAUCCCAUACAUCACUCUGAGCACCGGUGGCAUUGAGAUUGUGGCUUCAGUUAUUUCAUGUUUGACCAUUGAAAGACUUGGCCGGAAGUUCCUUCUCAUUGGUGGAUUUAGUCUCAUGUCAUUCUUCUUUGGAUUGCUCACGGUUUCACUUAAUCUGCAGGAUAAAAUUUACUGGAUGUCUUACGUGAGUGUGUUCUCCAUUCUUGGUGUAAUCGCAUCAUUUUGCAUUGGUCCAGGUGGUAUUCCUUUUGUGCUAACCAGUGAGAUGUUUGAUCAAUCUUGUCGAUCUUCUGCAUUCAUGAUUGGCGGGACAGUGAUGUGGCUUUCCAACUUUUUAGUUGGACUCCUUUUUCCUUUUAUCCAGAGUGGCCUGGAAGCAUUCUGUUUCCUGCUAUUUGCUGCAUUUUGUGUAUUAGGAUCACUAUAUCUCUGCCUUGUCUUACCUGAAACCAAGAACAAGACCUUUGCACAAAUCUAUCAGUCAUUUGCCAAAAUCAACAAGGUACCCAAGCGAGAAACCAGGAAGAUGCCGGAAGUGGAAAAUGAACUGGAACAAAGCCUUCCAAUGACCCCUUUAGGUAACAUGAUGAAAGACAAAGCAAACAGGGACUCCAACCUUGUUUAGAGUAUUUCUUAAUUAAAGGACCAACAAAUCUUUCUAAUUCAUAAACAUUAUACAUUUGUAUUAAAACAAAGAAAAUGCAGGAAGUACUCAACAAAUCAGACAGCAACUAUGGAGAGAGGAUCAGUAUUAAUUCUUCAGGUCGUUUGUACAUCCAUAUUGCUUGUUACAGUGUUUUGAAUCUCAUUUUCCUCAAUUUACCAGAAGGUUUAUUAAGAGGGAAAAAUAUACCAAUUGGAACAAUUUGCUUGAGAACUGAUUGCCUGAGCACCAUUAUCAGGGCAAUUACAAAGAAAAUAAUUGCAAGUUCACAAGAAGGAAAAGAGGGGACCUUUCUCCCUAUAAAUAUGUACGAAAGGAAAGUGGGUAAUUCUAAUAAUCUCCACUUUGUUGAAAUAAAUUGUGUCAGGCUGCUAAUGUGUUCAUCUACCUGACUCCAAA